CGUGUAAAGUGUCUCGGUUACCCUAUUGUCCCAGUUACCCCAUUUUACUCUAGAUUUCUUUCAUUUGAGAAAGGCACCCAUCUGACUUAAAGAAGACCGGAGGUUCUAGCUAUGUUGUUCUAGAGAUGUUUGACUUAAAAUUAAAAAAAGUGGAAAAUCACAGGUCGCCCAAUACGACAUAAAAGAAAAUGUUGCAGGAUCGGUUUGAUUGAGCCUAUUCAUGGACCGUUGUGGAAAUGCAAGCUACCGUCCACGCCCUCUAGCUCCGGGUUGAGCAGAACUCAACAACUUAAAAUCAAGUCAAAAACAAAACAAACCAUUUUCUUUUACAAUAUUUUGCUUAUCAGCUUGUCCGGACCUUAUUUCAGCUAUUUUAGUGGGAAACGCGCAAAUAGAUAUUUUUGUUCUUGUUAUCAACGCAUUUGUAUCUCAUCGGGGCGGAGUCACGUGUAUUGUAAAUAACACUGUAAUCACCCAAUAAACAAUCAGUUGUAAAUUGAUGCCGGAGUCAAAUUCAUUUUCAUUUUUUUAUUUUGAAACUGAUCACGCUAAGGAACGGACGUUUUAGUAGCUUUCUAGCUUUAAACCUUGAAUAAUCUGCUGACCAACACAAUACCAUCAAUGCGAUCUUAUCUUUGAGAAAAGAAAAAAGAGGUUAACGAGUUAGUUAAAAAAAAGACAUGGCAAGAUAUUUAGAAUAUAGAUCUAAAACAUUUCUUUCUGUUCUAUCAAUACUUCUUUUUAUUGCCUUUGUGCAAUAUUUUGUUGACGAUGCUGGAGAUGAUGGAAUUAGUACACUGAAACAAAAUUUGGAUACGAAGAAGGAUGUACUUAAACGUUACGAUUUACGAAUCCUUGUUAUAGUGUAUAACAGAGUUCAUUCACUGCUCCGAUUGCUUAAUUCACUGAACGAAGCUGAGUAUGGUUCUGAUUACAUUAAACUUGAAGUGUGGAUAGACAGGGAGGCAAAUGGAAAUGUUGACCGUCUCACUUUGCAAGCGGCUAAUUCUUUUACAUUUAGAUAUGGUGAAUAUGAAGUAUUACUCCACCCGCAGCAUGUAGGUAUUUAUGGACAAUGGUUUACAACAUGGAAACCUGACGUCAACAGUUCAGAAAUUGCAGUAAUUCUUGAAGACGAUUUAACAGUUUCGAAAUAUUUCUGGAGAUAUCUAAAAGUAGUUCAUCAAAAGUAUGACAAAAAUGCGAUCAUUAAUGGCUAUUCAUUACAAGGUCAUUCUAUAACGUUUAGCGAAACGCACCAUCACGCUAUCUUGCGCGGACCAAAGGACAGUUUUGUUGUCCUCUUUCCAGUUCUCGGGACAUGGGGAUUUUCACCAAGCACAAAAAAUUGGAAGAAAUUUUUAGACUGGUUCGAAAAUCAAGACAUAAAUACGUUCAAGCCGUAUGUCCCUGGCAAUAUUGCGACGGGGUGGUAUAAGACUCUUUCCCGCCAGGGAAGAGCAAAUACUAUGUGGUCGAUGUGGCAUAUAUAUUACGCCUGGAAAAACAACGAAUCUACUCUACAUUGUAAUUUUCCAGAUAGUGCAGGAUUAACAACUAACUGGAGAGAAAAAGGCUUACAUUUUGCUAAAACGGAAGGAUCUUCAAACAAGUUGAUAACAGAAUGGAAAACGGAAUACGAAAAUUUGUCUGACCACGUGCCACAGUUAGAUCUUUCGGGAAAAAUAAUUCACAAUUAACCUACAUCAUUACAUGUAUACCAAGUGUCAAGAAAAGGAACGGUUAUAAAACGUUUGCAUUACACAAACAGUUUAUCCAACACUUCAAUAAGAGCCCUU